UCCUAUCCUCACACGCUCCUAUUCAUGCAGCCGGCUGAGUGCUUUCUCUGUGCUGAUGAAGUGACGCCAGCUUACUGAUCUCUGGCUGCUGUUGCAAUGUAUAUCUGACCCCCAGGUCUACAGGUCAUGGGAAACCUCAUUAAGGUUUUGGGCAAAGAUUUAGAAAACUGUCCUCAUUUUUUCCUGGAUUUUGAAAGUGUCAGAUGGGGAACCUUCUAAAAGUGUUGUCUUAUAGCGACCUAGAACAGUGUCCCACUUUUUUCCUUGACUUUGAACAUGCUCAGCCCACAGAGGCAGAGACAGUCAUUUGGAAUCAGGUGAACUCUGUACUGGAGGAGGCCCAGGGAGUGUUGGCUGAGCUGCAGUCAUACAGGGGGGCCGGGCAGGAGAUAAGACAGGCGAUCCAAAACCCACUGGAUUUACACCUUCAGGAGGAAGCCUGGCGUGCUGUGUGUCCUCUGGUAGCCAAGUUAAAGCGUUUCUAUGAAUUCUCUCUCCGGCUCGAGAAUGCCUUGCAUAGCCUUCUGGAAGCUCUCACUUCACCGCCAUUUGCUCCAACGCAGCACCUAGAGCGAGAGCAGGCUCUGGCCAAACAGUUUGCGGAGAUCUUACACUUUACCCUCAGCUUUGAUGAGCUUAAGAUGACAAACCCUGCAAUACAGAAUGACUUCAGCUACUACAGACGGACAGUCAGUCGCAACCGGCUAAACAAUUUCCAGGUGGACCAGGAAAGUGAUGUCAACAAUGAGAUGGCCAAUCGCAUGUCUCUAUUCUAUGCAGACGCCACCCCCAUGUUGAAAACCCUGAGUAAUGCAACCACCAAGUUUGUGUCUGAGAACAAGUCUUUACCUAUUGAAGACACAACAGACUGUUUGAGCACCAUGGCAUGUGUGUGCAGGGUCAUGUUGGAAACUCCAGGAUACAGGAGUCGUUUCACCAGCAAUGAGACACUGCUUUUCUGCAUGAGAGUAAUGGUCGGUGUUAUCAUCCUAUAUGAUCACGUACAUCCAGUUGGAGCUUUUGCCAAAACCUCAAAGAUUGAUAUGAAAGGAUGUAUUAAGGUACUGAAGGACCAGCCAUCUACUAGCACAGAAGGACUUCUUAAUGCUCUCAGAUAUACAACUCGCCACCUGCACGAUGACACCACGUCUAAGCAGAUUAGAGCCAUGCUACAGUGAAACCCUGUAUCCAGCCUGCCACAAUUUGAGAGACACGAGGAGCCUCCAUGAACCUAUCCUACCACUUUAGUACUUUUUUCACUGCUGAAAGAGGAACAUAUUCUCUGCAGAUCACUGUUCUGAAGAGAAUGCUGUGCAUAAUACUAGCUCUAAACAGUCCCUAUGAUCACAGAGACUUUUGUGUAUCAUGGCUCUUCAAAAUGACUGCACUGUUCGUGUUGUGUAGACAUUACUGCUCGUGUGUCUUGUUAAGAAUGUUCUGCGUAGACGUAGACCUGUGCUCACUGCUUAUCAUGUUCUGCAAAAGCUGGGUUAUGAAUGCUUUGCACACUCCUGUACAUGUCAUGUCUCUGUAGAGAUCUCAAUGCCGCAGUACUCUGCAAAUACCUGUUCCUAUCAGUGCUACACAUGCUGUGUUUAACUGCAGUAUCCUAUGAUUGUAUUUGGUGCACUGCAAAGGCCUGUCCCUAUCACUGUUCUACAUAAACUCUUACUGUCCUGUCCCUAUCACUGUUCUACAUAAGCUCUUACUGUCCUGUCCCUAUCACUGUUCUACAUAAGCUCUUACUGUCCUGUCCCUAUCACUGUUCUACAUAAGCUCUUACUGUCCUGUCCCUAUCACUGUUCUACAUAAGCUCUUACUGUCCUGUCCCUAUCACUGUUCUACAUAAGCUCUUACUGUCCUGUCCCUAUCACUGUUCUACAUAAGCUCUUACCGUCCUGUCCCUAUCACUGUUCUACAUAAGCGCUUACUGUCCUGUCCCUAUCACUGCUCUACAUAAACUCUUACUGUCCUGUCCCUAUCACUGUUCUACAUAAGCUCUUACUGUCCUGUCCCUAUCACUGUUCUACAUAAGCUCUUACUGUCCUGUCCCUAUCACUGUUCUACAUAAGCUCAUACUGUCCUGUCCCUAUCACUGUUCUACAUAAGCUCAUACUGUCCUGUCCCUAUCACUGUUCUACAUAAGCUCUUACUGUCCUGUCCCUAUCACUGUUCUACAUAAGCUCUUACUGUCCUGUCCCUAUCACUGUUCUACAUAAGCUCAUACUGUCCUGUCCCUAUCACUGUUCUACAUAAGCUCUUACUGUCCUGUCCCUAUCACUGUUCUACAUAAGCUCUUACUGUCCUGUCCCUAUCAUUGUUCUACAUAAGCUCUUACUGUCCUGUCCCUAUCACUGUUCUACUUAAGCUCUUACUGUCCUGUCCCUAUCACUGUUCUACAUAAGCUCUUACUGUCCUGUCCCUAUCACUGUUCUACAUAAACUCUUACUGUCCUGUCCCUAUCACUGUUCUACAUAAGCUCAUACUGUCCUGUCCCUAUCACUGUUCUACAUAAGCUCUUACUGUCCUGUCCCUAUCAUUGUUCUACAUAAGCUCUUACUGUCCUGUCCCUAUCACUGUUCUACAUAAGCUCUUACUGUCCUGUCCCUAUCACUGCUCUACAUAAGCUCUUACUGUCCUGUCCCCAUCACUGUUCUACAUAAGCUCUUACUGUCCUGUCCCUAUCACUGUUCUACAUAAACUCUUACUGUCCUGUCCCUAUCACUGUUCUACAUAAGCUCUUACUGUCCUGUCCCUAUCACUGUUCUACAUAAGCUCUUACUGUCCUGUCCCUAUCACUGUUCUACAUAAGCUCUUACUGUCCUGUCCCUAUCAUUGUUCUACAUAAGCUCAUACUGUCCUGUCCCUAUCACUGUUCUACAUAAGCUCUUACUGUCCUGUCCCUAUCACUGUUCUACAUAAGCUCAUACUGUCCUGUCCCUAUCACUGUUCUACAUAAGCUCUUACUGUCCUGUCCCUAUCACUGUUCUACAUAAACUCUUACUGUCCUGUCCCUAUCACUGUUCUACAUAAGCUCUUACUGUCCUGUCCCUAUCAUUGUUCUACAUAAGCUCUUACUGUCCUGUCCCUAUCACUGUUCUACAUAAACUCUUACUGUCCUGUCCCUAUCACUGUUCUACAUAAGCUCUUACUGUCCUGUCCCUAUCACUGUUCUACAUAAGCUCUUACUGUCCUGUCCCUAUCACUGUUCUACAUAAGCUCUUACUGUCCUGUCCCUAUCACUGUUCUACAUAAGCGCUUACUGUCCUGUCCCUAUCACUGCUCUACAUAAACUCUUACUGUCCUGUCCCUAUCACUGUUCUACAUAAGCUCUUACUGUCCUGUCCCUAUCACUGUUCUACAUAAGCUCUUACUGUCCUGUCCCUAUCACUGUUCUACAUAAGCUCAUACUGUCCUGUCCCUAUCACUGUUCUACAUAAGCUCAUACUGUCCUGUCCCUAUCACUGUUCUACAUAAGCUCUUACUGUCCUGUCCCUAUCACUGUUCUACAUAAGCUCUUACUGUCCUGUCCCUAUCACUGUUCUACAUAAGCUCAUACUGUCCUGUCCCUAUCACUGUUCUACAUAAGCUCUUACUGUCCUGUCCCUAUCACUGUUCUACAUAAGCUCUUACUGUCCUGUCCCUAUCAUUGUUCUACAUAAGCUCUUACUGUCCUGUCUCUAUCACUGUUCUACUUAAGCUCUUACUGUCCUGUCCCUAUCACUGUUCUACAUAAGCUCUUACUGUCCUGUCCCUAUCACUGUUCUACAUAAACUCUUACUGUCCUGUCCCUAUCACUGUUCUACAUAAGCUCAUACUGUCCUGUCCCUAUCACUGUUCUACAUAAGCUCUUACUGUCCUGUCCCUAUCAUUGUUCUACAUAAGCUCUUACUGUCCUGUCCCUAUCACUGUUCUACAUAAGCUCUUACUGUCCUGUCCCUAUCACUGCUCUACAUAAGCUCUUACUGUCCUGUCCCCAUCACUGUUCUACAUAAGCUCUUACUGUCCUGUCCCUAUCACUGUUCUACAUAAACUCUUACUGUCCUGUCCCUAUCACUGUUCUACAUAAGCUCUUACUGUCCUGUCCCUAUCACUGUUCUACAUAAGCUCUUACUGUCCUGUCCCUAUCACUGUUCUACAUAAGCUCUUACUGUCCUGUCCCUAUCAUUGUUCUACAUAAGCUCAUACUGUCCUGUCCCUAUCACUGUUCUACAUAAGCUCUUACUGUCCUGUCCCUAUCACUGUUCUACAUAAGCUCAUACUGUCCUGUCCCUAUCACUGUUCUACAUAAGCUCUUACUGUCCUGUCCCUAUCACUGUUCUACAUAAACUCUUACUGUCCUGUCCCUAUCACUGUUCUACAUAAGCUCUUACUGUCCUGUCCCUAUCAUUGUUCUACAUAAGCUCUUACUGUCCUGUCCCUAUCACUGUUCUACAUAAACUCUUACUGUCCUGUCCCUAUCACUGUUCUACAUAAGCUCUUACUGUCCUGUCCCUAUCACUGUUCUACAUAAGCUCUUACAUAAGCUCUUACUGUCCUGUCCCUAUCACUGUUCUACAUAAGCUCAUACUGUCCUGUCCCUAUCACUGUUCUACAUAAGCUCUUACUGUCCUGUCCCUAUCACUGUUCUACAUAAGCUCAUACUGUCCUGUCCCUAUCACUGUUCUACAUAAGCUCUUACUGUCCUGUCCCUAUCACUGUUCUACAUAAGCUCAUACUGUCCUGUCCCUAUCACUGUUCUACAUAAACUCUUACUGUCCUGUCCCUAUCACUGUUCUACAUAAACUCAUACUGUCCUGUCCCUAUCACUGCUCUACAUAAGCUCAUACUGUCCUGUCCCUAUCACUGUUCUACAUAAACUCUUACUGUCCUGUCCCUAUCACUGUUCUACAUAAACUCUUACUGUCCUGUCCCUAUCACUGCUCUACAUAAACUCUUACUGUCCUGUCCCUAUCACUGUUCUACAUAAACUCUUACUGUCCUGUCCCUAUCACUGUUCUACAUAAACUCUUACUGUCCUGUCCCUAUCACUGUUCUACAUAAGCUCAUACUGUCCUGUCCCUAUCACUGUUCUACAUAAACUCUUACUGUCCUGUCCCUAUCACUGUUCUACAUAAACUCUUACUGUCCUGUCCCUAUCACUGCUCUACAUAAGCUCAUACUGUCCUGUCCCCAUUACUGCUCUGACAAAUUCUGUGCAAAUGUUCUGCUGCAUUCACAUAUGCUCUGCAGAGCUCCACACCCAUUCCUAAUUAUCAGAAAGAUGUGUCUAUGGGGCAUAUUUAUCAAGCUCCGUAUGGAGCUUGAUGCCCCGUGUUUCUGGCGAGCCUGCAGGCUCGCCAGAAACAGCAGUUAUGAAGCAGCGGUCACAAAGACUGCUGCUCCAUAACCUGUCCGUCUGGUCUGAACAGGCGGACAGACAUCACCGGAAAUCAACCCGAUCAAGUACGAUCGGGUUGAUUGACACCCCCCUGCUGGCGGCCAAUAAAUAGAUCAUCUACAAAACAUUUAUGCAAAGAAAAAAAUGAGUGUAUAAUGGCCCUUUACCUGUUCUGCACACUGGUGGACUUUAUGCUCACACCUAUAAUGUUCUGCAAAUUUAUAGCGGCCUGCAUGUGUUAAUGCACUGUGCACUUUAAUCUGCAAAGGUGAUUUGUGUGUCAGUGCUAUGCAGAACUCAGCAGAUCACUACUCUAUAGAUAAAGAGUAUUAGUACUCUGCAGGACAUUGUGUAGUUUUCCCAACACAGUCAGCCCCUAUGUAGUAGCCCUCUUAUUGUUUAUGUAACUGUGCCAGAGAUACACCAUGAGUGGAGCAGUCAGGCCAUGGCAAACAAAAGAUAGCAGGCUGGACACAUUAUUUUAUAUUGCGCUGUAUAUACACUUCACAAGCACAUUGUGUCCAGAGGGCUGAUAGCUAGUUCAGGAUUCAUCCAAUGAUUACACACAAUGAUACAUGCAAUUUGGAGGGUAAGCCGCUUGGCCAAUAUCUUCAUCAUCUUGGUGUAUGAUCUGUUUGGAUGGUGUAUACAAGUGUACAGUAUCAGACCUGCUCAUCCAUCUUUUCCUAUAUGACUAUUGUUAUGGCGAUGCAAACAUAUAGCAACCCUAUUAAAGUUUAGAAUCCUUCUAAUGUUUUCAUUAAUGUCUAUAGUGUUACUUUAUUACCAUAAUAGUGUGCAAUAUGAGGCUGCUGUCUGAAAUGUCAACAUGAUAUCACACAUCAGUUGUUAGUGUUAAAGGGACAGUCUACACCAGAAUUUUUAUUGUUUUAAAAGAUAGAUAAUCCCUUUAUUACCCAUUUCCCAGUUUUGCAUAACCAACACAGUUAUAAUAAUAUACUUUUAACCUCUGUGAUUAUCUUGCAUCUAAGCCUCUGCAAACUGCCCCUUUUUUCAGUUCUUUUGACAGCCUUGCAGUCUAGCCAAUCAGUGCCUGCUCCCAGAUUACUUCACGUGCACGAGCACAGUGUUAUCUAUAUGAAAUAUGUGAACUAACACCCUCUAGUGGUGAAAAACUGUUAAAAUGCAAUCUAAAAGAGGUGGGCUUCAAGGUCUAAGAAAUUAGCAUAUGAACCUCCUAGGUUAAGCUUUCAACUAAGAAUACCAAGAAAACAAAGCAAAAUUGGUGAUAAAAGUAAAUUGGAAAAUUGUUUAAAAUUACAUGCUCUAUCUGAAUCAUGAAAGUUUAUUUUGGCCUAGACUGUCCCUUUAAGCAGGGGGCAACAGGACGGGGAUGUGACUUUACCUUACUGGGGAUGGGUAAAACAGUACAAAUACCUUAUAUCACAUAAUAGCAGAGACAGACCCAAGACCAGCAAGCUACAGCAGCCAAUUAAUUGGUUGGAUUUCAGCCCCUCACAUAACUAUGUCCUGCUUCUCUCCCUGGCUGGCAAGCUGGGCUCUCAUAAUGCACAAUUAUAAUGCUGAGAUUUUGCUGGUAUGGUUUGUACUGUGGACUUCUCAUGCACACUAUUAUGACAGGACAUAAUCAUAUUCUCACUGUUAAUAUUCUACAUGCACAGCAUCUACAACAGUUACUUGCAACAGCACUGAGAACGAAUAUAGGGUGAUUCCAGCAUAAACAAAUGCUGACAGUAUAAAGCCUUUACAUAUUUUAUGUACUAUUUAAAAUGUUUGCAUUACAUGUCAGCAUUCUUCUAGGAUACUAUUUAUGUUUUCCUCUACAGUGCCAUGAAUACACGUCAGGUGAUUACUGUGCCAUAAAAGGACACCAUUAAUGUAUACUGAUCAUAAUGUUCUAUUAUGGGACAUAUCACUCACUUCUUUAGAAAUUGAUUACUUGUAUUAUUUGUACCAAUAAAGUCUCUCAUCUUGGUCAGUCUAA